AUGGCGACUCAGCAAUUGGGCCACAAAAGUCGACACAGCAAACCCAAGCCCCGUCAAAUCAACCCCAUUAUAGCCGCAGUACAGAGUUGGAUCGCAGCGACACUUCCUUCUACUAAAUCUGAAACCCAAGAUUCGCGGAAUGAGAAUCUCUUGAACACGGCGCCGAAGCGCUUCACCAUCUAUGAGCCGCUCGCCCUGCUGCCAACAGGAAGCUUCACCAGCGAAACAUGGGCCUCUGUCUUACAAACCUGCGAUGAACCAGCCUGCAGCUCUCUAUGGCGGUCUAUUCUAAAGGAGAUUUCCAAGACUGGACAAGGCAAGGUGACGCAUCUGGCAGUGAACGAGGGUAUCCCGCUGCACAAGGACGGGGAGGAUGCCGAGAACGUGCGAAGAAGUCCAAGUGGGCUCAGGAUGCUGUUUGGGGACUUUGGGUCGGCGGAAGUGGAUGAGCAGCCUCACAGCGGUGAUUUCGACGGUGCUUUUUGGGUUGGGACGAAGCAGAACGGGAUACUGCAGACGUGGGCUCCCAGAUGGACCAUGUUUUCACGGGGGAAUGUCAAGGAGAAGGCGAGGGUGCUGGGAUUCAAACUUGCUCCGGCUGGACGAGAGGGCGGAUGGGCAGUGGACUUGUAUGCUGGGAUCGGAUACUUUGUGUUUUCGUAUGCGGCGCUGGGGAUGAGGGUUCUUUGUUGGGAGAUCAAUCCGUGGAGCGUCGAGGGCCUUCGGCGAGGUGCCGAAGCAAACAAAUGGAGCGUCAAAGUCGUUCGGGGCGAGCACCUGGCGCUGCCGAUGGAGACGCUGCUCGCGGGAGGAGACAGGAUCGUCGUCUUCUUGGAGAGCAACGAGAGGGCGUCGGAACGCAUCGCCGAGGCGCAAGGCGCCGGGCUUGCGAGCAACAUUGCGCACGUCAACUGCGGCUUCUUGCCUACCAGCGAACCCGUAUGGGAGAGCGCUUGGGAAAUCACGCGGCUGGCGCCCGAGGCACGGCUGCAUUUGCACGACAACGUCGGCGUGGCGGACAUCGAGUCUCGGCGAGCGGUGAUCCAGACGACUUUUGCGACGUGGGCUGCGGCUGCGGCUGCGGCUUCGGGGGGAGGCUCGAGGGUGCCGAGCGUUGAGCAUGUCGAGCAGGUCAAGACGUUUGCGCCGGGGGUGUGGCAUUGCGUCUUUGACGUGUGUAUUACAGGCGGUGGUGUAUCUAAUAAUGGUACAUGA